CUUUCGAAUCAAACACAGCACAACUUCCUCUGUAAGCCAUUCCUAUUCCCUUGCCAGCCAAUCACAAUGUUCUUCUAUUCCAUGUCCUGACAAAACCAAACACAGCUCUCUCCAAGAACAGGUCCACUUCAUCUGCGGGAGAGACAGAGAGGAAGAGGAAGAUGGGCUGUUUCAGCUGUGGAAGCAGCAGAAGCAACAGCAGCAGCAGAGGAGGUUCAAAUUCUACGUACUUUGAUCCUUAUGAGACAACCCAGCAAAACUCGGAACCCAGAACGACCAAGCAGCAAGUUCUGCUCCAAAUCCCGUCAUGCACCGUCCACUUAAUGGACCAAGGAGAAGCUUUGGAGCUCUCCAGUGGCAGAGAGUUCACCCUUCUCACCAUCUCGGACGAGAACAUCUCCCUGGCAACCAUCAUAAAGGUCGGUGAUGACCUCCAGUGGCCGCUCACCAAGGACGAGCCGGUCGUGAAGUUAGACUCCCUUCACUACCUCUUCUCCCUGCCCGUGAAAGAUGGUGACCCGCUCAGCUAUGGAGUCACUUUCAUGGAACAGUAUGUAAGCUAUUUGGGGUACUUGGACAAGUUCCUUGAAGAACAUUCGUGCUUCUCUUCUUCGGCUCCUGCUUCUUCAUCUUCAUAUUCUGCACCGAACCGGAACCUUAACUGGAAGGAGUUUGCCCCGAAAAUCAAUGACUAUAACAAUGUCUUGGCUAAGGCCAUUGCCGGAGGGACUGGUCAGAUUGUUAAAGGCAUCUUUAUGUGUAGCAAUGGCUACACCAAUCAGGUCCACAAGGGAGGAGAAAUGAUCAUGACUAGUGUUGUGGAGCAGAGGAAUGGUUCGAGUUACCAUGAAAGCUAUGGAGGCAGCAAUGGGGGUGCCCAGAAGAAGAGCGCAGUCAAUAUAAGCCUGAAACGUGUAAGAAAGGUGUCUAAAAUGACUGACAAGAUCAGCAAGAAACUGCUAGAUGGAGUUCAAUUUGCCACUGGAUCGGUAAUGGCGCCGAUGGUGAAGUCCCAAGCAGGGAAGUCCUUCCUAGCAAUGGUUCCAGGAGAGGUUCUGCUGGCUUCACUUGAUGCUGUCGAUAAGGUGUUAGAUGCAGCUGAAGCGGCUGAGAAGCAAGCUUACUCGGCUACCUCAAAAGCUGCUACGAGAAUGGUCAGCAGAAGGUUUGGAGAGAGUGCAGGGGAGGCAACAGAAGAUGCGCUUGCAACAGCAGGUCACUGUGCAAGCACUGCUUGGAACGUCUUCAAGAUCAGGAAGGCCGUCAAUCCGGCAUCUUCCGUCUCCACUGGGGUGCUAAAAAAUGCGGGCAAGGCCAAGAAUUCAUACUCUUGAAUUCAGUCCGAUUCAACUCUAUUAGUUAAAGUCUAGAUGGACUAGAAACAGCAUGCUCGGGUUUGUAAUGGAGUCUGGAAUAUCUGUCUAGAACUAACUGAGAAUGAUUUGGUAUAUCAUUUGCAUAUUGCCAUUGCUGCUUCUUUCCUCAGAUAGAUCUUCCAAUGUAUGUCUGCACAAUUUGUACGUAAGACAUUUUUAAUGCGUUUGAAUUCAGAGUUAAAAAGUAACUUUAAUUUUGAUUUA